UUCAGAUAUUUGUUCAGUGCAGUAGUCUGCCUCAUUUAGGCGUCCGGGUCAUAGAAACAUGCACACAAAAGCCUUUGUUAAAUCUGUAUUAACUAAAACAAAAGAUAGAAGUCGAUGUAUCCGUGCGAGUGCGUGUGCGCCUGCCUGCGAGUGCGUGUGCGCCUGCCUGCGCGCGCACGUUUCUCCUCAUCUGAACGAGUUGGAUUUGAAAGUUGGAGCUGCCGGGAGCCCGGUGUGUUUUGACGCCGAAGAAUUCGUGUGCGGGUUUUGUUUAUGUUACAAACGGGCGGAAAGUGAAUGACGAGGCUUGUGGCCUGCUGUCUGUCAGAUCUCCUACUGCUACUCAUCCACCUCCUGAACACUCGUAAUAUUCCCUUGCUGUGAUGGAUGCCGAGGUGGUUCUCCAGGAGGAGGACAUGGUGGGCUCGUGGACGCUGCUCUCCUGGCUGGCAUCAUUCGUAAUGGUGUUUGGGGGAGCCCUGCCUUAUGUGCCGCAAUAUCAGGAGAUCCAGAAAAGCAGCAACACUGAGGGAUUCUCCACCAGAGUCUGUCUGGUGCUGCUCAUAGCUAACAUCUUGCGUAUAUUUUUCUGGAUAGGGAAGCAGUUUGAGCUGACCCUGCUGCUUCAGAGUGUGGUCAUGAUUCUCACCAUGUUUGCCAUGCUCCACCUUUGUUGCACUGUGCAAAACACCAACAGAGUAAGCACCAAGCAGCAUCGCCUUUCAGACCUGAACUUGCAUUACUUCUGGAAGUGGAGCGCCUUUGAGGACUACCUCCUCUUCUGCUUCGGCUUCACCGUCGUGUGUGCAGUCAUCACCCUGCUGCUGCUGGACUCUGUGGUGUUUGUGGAGACUUUGGGUUCGCUGGCCGUGAUGUUCGAGGCCAUGCUGGGCAUCCCGCAGCUGCUGCAGAAUUUCCAUAAUCGCUCCACAAAAGGCAUGAGUGUGAAAAUGGUGCUGCUGUGGACAGCUGGUGACGUCUUCAAGACCACCUAUUUUGUGAUGAAUGAAAGCCCGGCGCAGUUCUGGGUGUGCGGUUCAGUCCAGAUCCUGAUUGAUGUCGCCAUCCUCCUCCAGGUCCUGUUUUACAGCCAAGACAUAAGAGCCAAGCUGGGCUGAGCAUGGCUGUUACAGUGGCUAACACAAAAGCCCGAGUGUUUGAGUAAGUUUCGAGGACUCUGAUGACUUCACGCCCUUUACAACAUGCUGCAGUGUUGAUAACGUUUAAUGUUUAGUGCCAGAGUAAGGACAAAUCAAAGUCAAAUAGUGUGUUUGUUUUGUUUUUCUUUGGUGUGUUUGUUCACUUCUUUUACUGUUCAUACUAUCCUAGUGUCAAAGAGACCCAACCGAGUGACCUGUAAACGCCGUAAAGCCAAAAUUCAUGCAUUAGCAUCUUUAAUCAUGCCCUAGCACCUAAAUGCAUUUGCCUGUACAUUUGUCCUUAUUUUGCUACGUGUCUCCUGAAGUGUAGUGGGCAUGGAAAUUGUAAGGAGGAUGCAUUACUCAUAUUGGCAGCUCACUAACGACAAAUAUGCGCUUCUGUAACAACCGUAACAACCAGUCCUGCACUGGUAGGCCUCCACUGGACCCUGCUGCCUGACUGAUGGCUCUCCCACUUCACACUCCUCACUUCACUGGACUGUUUCUCAUGAUACAUAAUAUGUGGGCUUGUCUGUGCCUUUGCAUGUGUGCGAGGUUGUCGUUCUCUCUGGUGUGUUAGUACAGCUAAAAUUGAUUUUCGCCAUUGGCAUCGAGAGCCAAGCCAAAGCUUCAGAAUGUACAUGGAGUAAUCUACACAGGCCAUCAAUCUGUGUGUUGUGUAUGGUGGUUUGAUUGACGUGCAGUACAUGUCUCCACACAGUAUACAUAGAAAUAUGAAAAAUGUGGGCAGUGAUGGUUUGCACUUUUCCUCAGCUGCAAAAUGUGUUACGGGCAUCGGAAACACAGCAGACUUCAGGGCAACUAAACUUCUCGAGGGGACAGUGUUACUGAAUCUUUGUGCGAUUGCAAUUUCUGCCAGUGUAUUUAGGUUAAGCUGUUUUUUGCUCAUCUUUUCCUCAUUCAAAAGGAGGAAAGAUUUUAUAUAUAUAUAUAUAUAUUUACCUUGGUUAUUGACUAGAUGGUGUCCACACCCAGUAAAUAAUAAGUGUGCUGCUAACAGAUAUUUAAAAAAGGUCAAUUGUUCGUGUUCAGUUUUCUUAAACUUCAUCAUUAAGUCAAAUCCCUUCAUUAUCAAGCCCAUCGUUAAAAUCAAAGGUGAUUUUAUUUUCAGCAACAGGAAAUAACUUUUCUUUUAACAAUCAUUUCCUUUUCUGAUUGGCUCAUUAAUACACUCGCUGUGAUUUUAAUAGGUCACUCAGUCUAACUGCAGGUGGCUGAUUCUUCGCUUUAGUCCAAGAGGUGAAGUGGUGCAAAAAUUAUUAUUUUUUCUUCCGGUCUCGUUGUUCCAGAUCAAUUAUGUGUCUUUCAAAUUUUGUUUCCUCAUUUUAAAACAUAAUCAGGCUUAUAUGCACUGAUUUACCUGUAAAACACUUAAAAAUAGCUCAUUAAAAUCGUGUCUAAGAUACUAACUGAGGGUCUAAAACUGAAGUUAGCCGAUGCACUGAAAACAGGCGGAUGCUGUGAAAAGAACCGAAAAUGCUUCCAGCUCAUCAUUUCCACAGUCUGAAUGACAUUUAAGCGAAACCAUAGAAAUCAAAAUCAAAAACAAAGACCCCUUUCAGACAGCUUAAUAUUUCA